GCCUCCUCGCGGGCGGCGAUUUCUCCUCGGAUCGGUUUCUAUCGGCUGUUUUAUGUGAAGGAAAAAAGUUUUAGCUAGGGCAGUAGGUUUUCCGGCGAAGGGCUGCUACGGAAUGAGCUGUUGCCGGUGAGCGUAAAGAUGGUGAGCAGGAAGCCCGUUCUGCUUCUGCUUUGCCUCACAGUCCUCGCGCCCAUCGUCCUCUACACCGAACGUCUUGCUACCUUCUCCAAUUCCAUUUGGAAGAAUGAUUUCGAGGAAGAAGUCUCAAAUCUGAAUGUGAGGAACGAAGCCUCUAGACUAAACUCUGUCCAUCAGGAACCCUCGGAUGCGCUUGAAGAACCAAUUGGAAUAUUUUUUUCUGAUAAUUCCAGUAAUUCGGAUCAGAUCUCAGCCAGUGGAGUGGUUGAGACGAACAUUGGAGAACACAAAACCCGUGUGUUGUCAGCUGCUGAGGAGGUGAUUGGCGUUAAGGAGGGUGUGAUCAAACCUGUAACUGACAAAGAAAACCAUCCUGAUGAUAUUCGAAAACCCCAAUUGGAGGAUGGGAAAAGAGACGAUGCUGCUAAGAAGACAAAUAACACAACCCCUAUCUUAGAAGAGCAGAUAAAGAAAAACGACAGAACAAAUAAGAUGACAGCAAAAACUGAUAUUCAGAAUCAUCAAACGACAAUCACAUAUAAGCAUAAUUCUAAGCAAACAACAUCUGAUGCUAUUGUUCGUCAGCUUAAAGAUCAACUAAUACAAGCACGAGUAUAUCAAGGUCUUGCAUCAAUUAGAAGCAACCCGCAUUUGAUUAGGGAGCUUCGUGUUCGGAUAAGGGAAGUGCAACGAGCACUUGGUGAAGCUACUAAAGAUUCGGAGCUAUCAAAGAAUGCUUAUGAGAAAUCAAGGGCAUUGGAGCAGGUUCUAGUGAAGGGCAGACAAAUACAAGAUGAUUGUUCUGCUAUCGUGAAGAAGCUUCGUGCAAUGCUUCAGUCUACUGAAGAACAGCUUCGAGCUCAUAGGAAGCAGGCUAUGUUUCUUAACCAACUUGCAGCAAAAGCCCUACCCAAAGGCUUGCACUGCCUUCCCUUGAAGCUUUCAAUUGAGUACUACUCUUUAAAUGCAAGCCAGCAGAGCUUUCCGAAUCAACAGAACCUUGAAAACUCUGAUCUCUAUCACUAUGCGCUUUUUUCAGAUAAUAUAUUAGCAGCAGCGGUGGUUGUGAAUUCCACUGUGUUUAACGCCAAGAAAUCUGGGGAUCAUGUUUUCCACAUUGUAACUGAUAGGCUGAAUUAUGCUGCAAUGAAGAUGUGGUUCUUAGCCAAUCCGCCUAAAAAUGCUACUAUUCAAGUUCAGAGUGUUGAGGAGUUCACUUGGCUAAACGCAAGCUACAGUCCCGUUCUAAAGCAGCUUCAUUCUCAGAACAUGAUUGAUUAUUACUUCAAGACUCAACGUGGUAAUUCUGAUCCAAACCUGAAAUACCGCAACCCAAAAUACCUGUCGAUUCUUAACCACUUGAGAUUUUACCUUCCUGAAAUCUUCCCAAAGCUUGAGAAGGUUGUGUUUUUGGAUGAUGAUAUUGUGGUGCAGAAAGAUUUGACUGGACUUUGGGCAAUUGAUCUGAAAGGAAAGGUUAAUGGUGCAGUAGAGACAUGUGGAGAGAGUUUUCAUAGGUUUGAUAGAUAUCUCAACUUUUCAAAUCCUAUGAUUACUAAAAACUUUGACCCUCGGGCUUGUGGGUGGGCCUAUGGGAUGAAUGUCUUCGAUUUAGCUGAGUGGAGGAAACAAAAUAUCACAGAAAUCUAUCACUUUUGGCAAAGAAUGAACCAAGAUAGAAGCCUGUGGAAGCUGGGAACUCUUCCUCCAGGUCUGAUUACUUUUUGGAAGAGAACAUUCAUCUUGGACCGGUUCUGGCAUGUGCUUGGCCUCGGUUACAAUCCUAAUGUGAACCAAAGAGAUAUCGAACGAGCAGCAGUCAUUCACUUCAAUGGAAAUCUGAAGCCUUGGUUAGAGAUUGUCAUUACCAAAUAUCGCAACUAUUGGUCCAAGUAUGUCGAUUAUGAUCAGGUUUAUCUCAGGGAAUGCAACAUCAGCCCCUGAGUCCUUAAUUUCCCAGCUUAUAUUCUUUCGAGUCCUCUGUUUCUUUGAUCUACAAUGAAAUCUUUUAGUUUUACGAAACUAUGUGCAGAUAUAUUGUACAUGAUUUAGAGCUACUUCUGCAACUUUUUUGCUGUAGCAAAAGUAUUUUUGUUGUCUCCUAACAGAAUUGAUAAGCUCA